AUGAAGAUCGCCUUCCCGCUCCUCGCUACGCUCGCGCUCGUGACCGCCAGUCCCACUCGCCUUGAACAGCGCGCUGACAUCUCGACGGGCUUCGAUCAGGACGGGGACAAUGUCAACGUCCCCAUCGCGGUCGAUGGCAAGUGCGAUGACGGCUGGACCCUGUUCCACGCGAACGACAAAGACCUUUGCUGCCCGCCCGGCAAGCAGUGUGACGACGGAGGCGUCCGCGCCCAAGCCAACGAUGACGUCGACGUCCAGAACAACGCCUGGCUCUGCUAUUGGGAGCUCCUCCACUGCGACGCUUACCACUGCCACUACCGGUACCGCUGCUAUUGGAUCUAA